AUGGCCUUCCCAAAAGCCCCAAAACGCUGCCGUAAUUUCCACUCAAAUGGCGAACCCAAGGACCCUCCAUGUCCACGGCAACGUAGUUGCAGAUUUCUGCACCCAGACGAUCCGGAUUGGGGCUUAUACUCCUCCGCCUCCGGACACGCUUCUCCCCGGAGGUCAUCUUUCAGUUCAAGACACGACCCGCCUAACAUGCGCUACGGUGCCCGUUCACCGUCGCCUCCUCGUCGGCGUAGGUCGAAGGAGGGACGAGAUCAUUGGCGGGAGCGGGAGCGGGAGCGAGACAGAGAGCCAAGGCCUUAUGAGAACGGGUCAAAGAGGUCAGAUUCGCGGGAUGAGGGCAGUCGGCGGUCCUCCAUUUCGGUCAAUGCACCCACGCCGAACAAUUCACAGAGAGGGACAGGGACCCAGAACCCUACACAACCGAGGCUAUCAUCCCCACCCGCUAUGCCUGCUCUUCCCCCCCCUCCACCAGAUAUGCCGGUCGCGUCAACAAGCCAUAGAAAGCCUAUUGAGAAGGCACCGUCGAUGGACGAGAAAGUGAAUGUAUGGAGUGAGCGGAUUAGUCUUGUCACCACAGCGGUCCGCCUUCAAGCUGAAAUAGCAAAGAUUGCUGACGAGGAGCGGUCCAUGCGCCAGACAAUGAACACCACCCAUUUUGAAACGUUGCCCGAGAGGGACAGAACUGCUCACAUGGAUCGCCUCGCUGCGUUGGCCAGGCGGAAGCAAGAGGUAGAACGAAAGGUGCAAGAAGAGGUUGAGAAGCUUGCUCGCAGUGAUACAUGGCCUGUACAGCAACCGCAACCACAAGCCCGGACGUCUCCCCAAGAUGUGUCCAAGUACAUUGAUGAACUAAAAGGCACAGCUGCUGAAAUUCAUGCUCUACUCUCCGAUAUGUCUUCAGGGAUCUCCGGCCGACAACCCCGGCCUGCACCUCUGCAACCUCGAAAUGGAGUGGACACUAACGGUGGCCCGCCAGCGAAGCGUCGGCGACUGUCAGAUGCUGACGAAGAACGUAUCGACCAUUCAGGGACAGCGUCAUCUCCGCGCCUCUCAUCCUCGCCUUCCUCCGCUACUCUCAACUCUCUCUCAGAACGUCUCGCCAACAUUGAGGACCGCCUCGUCGCGUUCGAGAACGACAUGUCGACCCUCACGAAUGAUGUAGACAAUGAUCUCGGCGCGCGUUUGGAGUAUCGGCUAGACGAACUACUUAGUCAGAAGAUGGUGGACGACGUGGGCGAGAAGUUGGAUGGUGUAGAACAGAAAUUGGACCUGGCCGCUAGGGACUUGGAAGAGUUCAAGGAACACGUAGCGGAACUGGAUUCGGGGGCAGACGACGUUGCUAAUGGUAUAACAGAUUUGGCGCAGACGCUACACCAACUAGUGGAGCAGAGACUCAUCAAGGCGGAGGAAUUCCAGAGCAAUCAGCAUGCUCAGAUACAAGCCAUACAGGCAGCUCUUGCCGCACAUAUGUCACAACCACCACCGCAGAAUCUCCCUCCAGUACCCACCUACCCUCUGAAUUCUGAAGUAAUCAUCGAGUCACUCGAAGGGUUGUUAGAGGAUAGCAUCAGACGGAAGGUGCUCCCCUCAUUACAGAAAAUGCAGACGACGGUAGAAGGGGCGGUGAAGCAGAGGAACGAGGAAUUGCAGCAGGUAUUUGGGAAGAGAUUUGAGCUUUUGAGGAUGGGGAUAGGACAGUUAGAGAAGAAGAUCUUGCAGUCGUGA